ACAGCGAACGGAAUUUUCGUUGACUUGCUGUUGAUUGAUGUAGUUUUUAGUUUUCGGUCCAUGAAAUUUGAGAGAAAUAAAUUUGUUUAAAAAAGUUAACAAACGUUAAAUAAAAAUGCAAUUAAGUGUAAAUAAACUGCAUAAUGAUUGUUAAUUUACCGAAAAUAAACGGAGAAGCUAUUGUAAAAGUAGCAGCGGAAUAAUUGAUAAUACACCAUUAUUCUAAACAUAUACUGGUUGUCUGAAAAAAGUAUAGUUUGUUAAAAGUUUAAUAUAUUUCCGUGAAAAUAUAUAAAGGAGUACAAUAUUUAUUGUAAUUAAAAGAGCUUUUUUCUGCCUUUUCAUUUUCUUAUUCACCACGCUUUACUUAUGGUCAUGACAGAGGUGGCAAAAAAUUAAAAGCUAAAUAAAUUUCAAAAAUCGUUGAUAUGAUAAAAAUUUCUCCACCAAUUAAUAUAAUAAACGUGUUUAAUUCGAAGCGAUGAUAUCCUUUUUAAAAAAGUGAAAAUCGAAAAUAAAAUUAUACUUAUAUUCAUCAUGUUUUACAUAUAACGUGCUCCAACUCGUUUAAAUUUGGUGAUUUUAAUAUAUAUCAUAUAUAUAUACUUCAGUUUGUUAGAUUUAUAUGAAAAUGGUAGGACGGGAAAUAACGCCAACUGAGAUUGGCAAGCAUGCCAAACUUAUUAAAAUUGCUCAAGAGGAAAUGGCGAUAAUGGACGUUUUAGUAUGCGGCCGUUGCCUAGCAGUUACCCAUUUCGUUGAAGACUUUAUCCAACAUAAAUUACAUCCUUGUUUUAAGGAGAAUAACAAUGUACGCGAAUGCAAUGAUACUAAACCAAAAAUAUGGGCGUUCCUUUUAUGGAAAGCUACCCAAUUAAAUAACAACCGGGAUAAUUCGAAUAGUCCGAACUCAUGGUCUUUGUAUCAAACCUGGGUUAAAAUGGAUGAAAGUAUGCGAGAAACCUGGAUAGUGGCCGGCAAAACUAUACAAUCAUUUGCUAAAGUUAGCCAAGGUAAUCUACAGGAAAUGCCUGUAAAAAUCACUAAAACAGUAGUUAAUAAUAGUGCCGCUGCUGAUGGAGUUCCUCCGGGUAGAAAACCACUAACUCAGACAAAACCUCAAGUAACCAAUUUAAAGUUGCCCGUUAAACUACCCGUUAAUAACAAAAGUGCAGUUGAAGAGUCCGAGGUGGAGUCUUCACCUAUGAAAAGUCCUUUAGCCCAGAAUACUUUGCAGAAAAUUAUUAAAAAACCUAUAACGACGUCACAAAUUCAAGGAAAACCUGCCAACAGUGCUUCAAACAAUAUCUCCACACUCGGCAAAAAUUUAACACGUCGUGCCAAACGUACUGUGCCCAACAGUGAUGAAAUUGUUGAAGAAAAUGUUGAAAAAAUCGUGGCCAAGCGCUUUAAUCCCCGGCGCCGCAUGCACGAAUAUUUGGUAAAAUGGGAAUCUCAGACCUUACAAAACACUUGGGAACCAGCAUCACAUUUGGAGAAUGUUCCUCAUCUUUUAGACACUUUCGAAAAGCAAUUAGCACGUCAAAAAGAAACUCGUGCUGCUCUGCAAGCCAAGCAACAAGCUGCCGCCAACCAGGGCACACUUAAGCCUGGCGAAACUAAUAAUAAGACAAAUGAGGGCAUUAAAAAGGAGAUUAUAUCUACUGUGGCGUCUAAAAAUCUAUUAAAAACCACUAUAGACACUUCCUCUCCCUCGGAAGGAAAUAAAUUACAAAUGGCUUCGCCUUCCGAAAGGCCUCAACGCACCUCUAAAACUAAAGCUUUAGAUCAAGUAAAGCAAUGGGUUUCUGCAGGUGGAUCAAAUGCUUCUAAUUCGGCUGCCAACUCACCAAAUUCGGAAACAGCCCAUGCUACGGAACACGAUAAGGAUUGGUCUUUGAAUAAUGCCACAACUAACUUGUCAGCCGUCAAACGUAAACAUGAAGAUUCUGAUUCAAAUACAAGUGAUAUGCCGCCGUCAACAACAUCCACCAUGGAAGACCUUGAAGAGGAUUUAAUACCUUCACACACUUUAAAGAGAAUGAAAUAUGGAAAUGCGGUAUCGGUGGAAGUGAAAACUAAACAGGAUAGUAUUAAGCAGGUGAAAGUUAACGGUACUGCCGGUCGAGCUGAGUCAUCGUCGAACUCAGCCGAGGUUUUUAUAACUCAAGAUGCCCAGGCUUCCGGUGUGGUCAAGAAACCAGGCUCUGGCAGCAAUUCGACUCUUAAAUCUGAAGCUCCAAUUCGUGUUCUUUCUAAGGGUGAAACAUCUGUUUCGAAUUCUGGUAUCGUGCGCAUAACUGAUGGUGCUAAUCAAGAUACUAGUGUUACAACGGGUGCCACCACAACCUUUACAGUUAUCAAUAAUCAAACAGAAACGAAGACACCAUCGCAAUUGGCAACGCGUACGCAACAUGUUCGUGUCGGAGCCGCUACAAAACCAAACACUCAAGUACGGCAAGGAGUACAACAGCAAAUUGUACGUACACCAAGUGGCACAACUAUACAGAAGAAAACUAUACCCGCCGGUGGUAGUUCAACGACCAUACAACGUAGUGGUUCCAGCUUACAGUCACGUACGGGGCAACAAACUACUCCUUCAUCGGGACGCAUGAUUAUACCAAGACAAGCAACAUCGGGCAAUACGGGAGCUGGUAGAACUGGUGGUCAGCAGCAGAAAGCUGUGACACCCGAACAGAAAAUUUUACAACUUUCAAAAUCCGGAGACCUUAAAGUCACCAGAAAAGUAAUGACUCGUGAGGAUGUAAUGGCACAACGCGCUUCGCAACAACAACAACAACAAAGGCAACAGCAAGCACGACAACAAUCUCAAAUACACAUUCAAAAAGUACAGCAAUUAUCUGGAGGAGCCCAAAGGAGCAGCUCUGGAGCAACAUUAACACGUAAAGCCGCAGUACCGUCUACCGUAUCAGUUCAGCAAGAAGAAGAGCAUCAGGCCCAACUGUGUCCCAUUACAGGAAAUAUAAUAACGCCCGGAGGUGAAGAACAAUCACAGGUACAAAACAAUACUGUUAUUCAUGCCCAAACGAAGAACGAAUUACAGCAGCAUAUGGCCCUUAAACAGGAACAAGAACAGCAGUUGCACGAUGUUGAUGGAAAUUUACUGCUAAGCCAGGAUCAGAUGCUUACGAAUGAAGAUGGCACACCUUUAUUAGUUACCGGUGAAGAUGGUACCGUUUAUCAGGUGGCCGGAAAAAAUGCUGAAGGUCAAACUGUUUUGGUUACUCAAGGGCCCGACGGUGAACAGCAGUUUGCUUAUGUAGCGGCCGCUGAGGGCGAAAACGAAAAUCAAGUUUUAACAUUAGACAAUGCGGUAGCCGAAGCGGUGGCACAAUUACCAGCUGAACAUGCCGAAGCUUUCGCGGCAGCCGCUGCCGGUGAAUCAUCUGGCGGUGGUCAAUAUAUCGUUAAAACAACGCAAGAGGAUGGAACUACACAAAUGGUCACGAUGACCGAAGCUGAACUGGCUCAGCAUCAGGCUUUAGCGGCAGCUCAACAGCAGCAAGCGGCUGCCGCUCAGAGCGGCAACGUAUCAAAUGCCGGUGUUACCAGCCAACUGUGUAUACAAACCGGAGACGGUUCCGAUGGCCAAGAGGCCAAUAUACCGGCCGAAGUAGUGCAAGCGGAGUUGCCUUCACCCGGUGGUACUCGGCGUGUUGUUUUACUAUUACAGGACGGAACAUUCAUGAUGACCGAAAUGCACGAUGAUGAAUUUAAGGCUCUUAAUAUCGCAGCAUAAAUAUUAACAUAUAUAAAUAAGAUUUUCAUUUGUAUUCGCUUUACCAUCUAAAAAUAUUUAAAUAUAUAGAAAAUAGUUUCAAAUUAUAUCAUAAACCAUUUUAAUUGCUUAAAAAGUAACGCGGAUGUUGCUGUAAUUAUAAAUGUAAAUAAAAGAAAUGUUUGUCGAGUAA